AUGAGGAACGUUUUCGCUACGCUUGCCUUUCUGUCCGGCCUCGCCGUGGCUGUGGCCUUCCUUGUCAACUGGACUGCCGCUUAUGACAGGAGGCUCAAGAAGCGCUUCGAUCCUCAAGGCGUCAUGGACUUGACUACGUACUUCCCCUUCCAAAGGACUCACUACCUACUAGAAUCUCUAUCCAAAUCUUUCUCACCUUUUUUUUAUAUGGAUCGUAUAUGGAAUCCUAUCUUAUCUGACUUGCCUCUGUUCAGUAGCUUGUGGCGUGUGGCGUUGAGCAAAUUUGUGACCUGCGAGGUAAACGAUCUGUCCGACACACUGCGUUAUUGUGGGACACAAGAAUUUGAACCUGAUCAUGACUCGGCGCAUGCUGCAGUAAACACGAACUCAAAGAGAGUUGGUCGACGCUGGUCAGCGGAAAUGAUGCGAAAUUUCGUCCGUAGACGCAGGCAAACCCACUCCAAAGAGCCGCUCACCUUGGCUCUGAUCCCCUAUGACACACCUCCAGUCAACACCCAUCGCCAGCAAAAUCGAGUACACACCUCGUUCUUCUAUCCUCCGGGCAAUACAGUGCUUGACAUGAACAAAGAGAGCGUCUUCGCCGCUCGUCUCAAAUGGCUGAACAUGAACAAUCUUCCCCCGAGAAGGUUCGAUUGA